AUGGCAGACGCGGAGGCCCUCAAGCUCAAGAACGAGGGCAACGAGCUCUUCGUCAAGAACGACUUCGGCGCCGCGUACAAGAAGUACUCCGCCGCCAUCAAGCUCGAUCCCAAGAACGCGGUCCUGCACUGCAAUCGCGCGGCGUGCGCGUACGGCCUGAACAGGUCAGCCUCAGACGCCUCUGCGAUUUCGCGAUCGGUUCGCGGUCAUAAUCUCUGGCACUCAUACGAGCAUCGACAGGCGACUGAGCUGGACCCCACCUAUGCCAAAGCGUGGGCACGUUUGGCAGCGGCGGAGCUAAGCUUGUACAGACACAUGGAGGCGAUCAAGGCCUGGAAACGUGCGAUCGCAGCCCUUCCUAACGAGAACCUCACGCCAGCACAGGCCAAGCAGCGCAAUGGGUACGAAAAGGACCUCGCCGCACUCGAGGCGCAGGUUGCGGAAAUGAAGGCACACCCAAAGUGCCUGAAGGCGUGGCUUCUGAUUUAUGCGGAUGCUGUUCUUGAGGGCUUUACAAACGCCCUCAUAGCCGAUGAACGAAUUUUCCGUAUAGCAGACCGCAACUUCCUCGAAAUGUACAAUAAGCAAGUCGCCUGGGAGGCCACCAUGACAGGAGCGUGGACAGCGUUCGGUGCCCAGAGAGUGAUGGAAGAGGUCACGAAAAGACUCAAAGAGGAGGGGUGGUCCAAGGUCAAGCCUGCUCUGGCUGUGACAGUGAGAGGGUGGAUCUUCCGCGCAUUCAUGGCCGAUGGCCUGGAGGGGAACCCGGCGGCCAGCCUCGACAUCUACACUUCAGCGCUCGAGGUCCUCAAAUGGGGAGCGGAGAAGUACAAAGACGUGCCGUUAGAGGAACGGGGUACGGUCCUUGAGCCGACCUUCAUCCGCGGAGUGAAGGCCAUGAGGCUCAACCAGUACAUGAAGCUCGCCAACAGGACCAAUACUGUCACGAAGCAUUCAGUGCCCCUGGAUGAACUCAUCGCGGGCGCUGAUGAGCUCAUCAAAGAGCUCAGAGACGGGGAGCCCUUGGGGUUUUGGUACGCGUUCGAGAGAUAUCCGAAAGCACUGGCAUACUCUCUUCGAGGAUAUGCCUACAAUCGUCAAGCCAUGAAGCUUCGAGAGGAAGUCAAUGAGUUGACAGCCGAAGCUGCAAGACUAUUCUACGAAGCGUCCGAAGAAUAUAUGAAGUCGACCCUGCUGUACCCUCAGGACGACACGCACCACGUUUGGUUCCUCCACUGCGCGUUCGAAGCUCAGCAAAACGCCGAAGCCCCCGUCAGGGUCUUGAUCAGCACUUUGGACAAGCUCGACGAGAGCAUCCCGCUCGCGGAGAAGAUCUGGGAGAACUCCGCCGACUGGCCUCAGAUAAAACCUCGCUUGAAGGAGACCAUGAACAUGCGUAAACAGCUGAAGAGCGCAGUCGAGUCCGGGGGCAUGAACCCUGAGAGUUCCGUGAAGAUAGAGCCCAUACCCAAGUAG